UCGUUGGCGCUUUAAGCAGCACCUGUCGUCCCAGCAUCCUUUGCGCGUCCAACAUGGAGGAACUGGAGGUGGAGGUCCGUGGCUCUAACGGAGCUUAUUACAAGGGCUUAGUCAAAGAUAUUCACAAUGAUUCACUCACAAUUGCCUUUGAGAACAAUUGGCAACCAGAACGCCAAGUGCCCUUCACUGAUGUCAGGAUGCCACCUCCUGCUGAUGCCCCGAAGGAGAUUAAGGAGGGUGAGGAGGUGGAGAUCCUCUCCAGGGCCAAUGACCAAGAGCCUUGUGGUUGGUGGCUGGCUAAAGUCUGCAUGAUGAAAGGAGAUUUCUAUGUGAUCGAGUAUGCAGCCUGUGAUGCAACCUACAAUGAGAUUGUGACCUUUGAGCGCCUACGCCCAGUCAACGCGAACAAGGCAAUCACGGAGAAUUACUUUCACAAGUGCAGUAUCCCCGUUCCUCAAGAUCUACAAGAGGCGUGCCAGAGUGAUAAUGCCCAUAAAGAAUUUAAAAAAGCUGUGGAAGCCUGUCAAGUGUCAUACUGUCCUGAGACCAGUGAGCUCAUCAUUGUGUCCACCAAUGAGUCAACAGUGAAGCGUGUGUCUUUGCUGAGUGACAUGCACCUCCGCAGCCUCAGAACUAAGCUUCUGCUAAUGUCUCGCAACCAGGAAGCCACCAAACACCUUGAGAACUCCAGACACCUGGUGUCAUCCUUCCAGGAGGAAUUUACGGUGAGACCAGAUUUGAUGGGACUGGCCAUUGGUAGCCAUGGCAGUAACAUUCAGCAAGCACGGAAAGUUCCAGGCGUCACCGCUAUUGAUUUGGAUGAAGAGACUGCGACCUUUAGAAUUUAUGGAGAGACAGCGGAAGCAGUGAAAAAGGCAAGGAACUUUCUCGAAUUUCUGGAGGAUUCUGUCCAAGUACCAAGAAACCUUGUUGGUAAAGUCAUUGGUAAGAAUGGAAAAGUAAUUCAGGAGCUUGUGGACAAGUCUGGAGUGGUAAGGGUCAAGAUAGAAGGAGACAAAGACAACAAGCAACCUCGGCAAGAAGUAUGUUGCUUCUGCUCACUGCUAGUGCAGUUUUUUUAUAAUAUUGGAUUUAGUGUCCCUAACUGCCAUAUACUGACUUGUACAUUGUGUUUUUUGGUGUUGUUGACACAGGGAAUGGUCCCCUUUACCUUUGUCGGUACGAGGGAGAGCAUUGGAAAUGUUCAGGUUUUGUUGGAGUACCACAUCUCUUAUCUCAAUGAGGUUGAACAGCUUCGUCUUGAACGGAUGCAGAUUGAUGAACAGUUGCGUCAGCUCACUCAGGGCCAUCGAACGGCAGACAGGGAAAAAGGGGAGCGAGCGGAGCGAGGAGGAAGGGGAAAUAACACGGAUGGCAGUGCCAAUGCUUCAUCUUCAACGCCACAUGUCGGUCGUUCCUACAACAGUCGGGGCCGUGGACGCAGGGGCCACAACUACAGCACAGGAUACGGCACCAACUCUGAGCAGUCCAACGCCUCUGAGACUGACUCUGAGCGUCGAGAUGAGCUCAGUGACUGGUCUUUGGCUGGGGAGGAUCAGAAUAGGGAAAGGGAAAGAGGCCCACGUCCACAAAGAGAUAGUCGCAGGCGGCCAGGACCUGGCAGAGGACGAGGGGGACGAGGAAGAGGAGGAUACAGUAACAGCUCAGCAGGGCCCCGGGAUGACAACGGUGCCUUUGUUGUCUCGGAGACCAACACAGAGACAGACCAGACGGCCGACACCGAUGCUAGCGAAUCUAACUUGCUUACCAACCGCCGGCGAAGAUCUCGACGACGUAGAACAGAUGAGGACACCACAUUGAUGGAUGGAAUGAGCGAGUCUGACAACGCUUCACUGAGUGAAAAUGGAAUCGAUGACUCUGAAGCGCAACCUCAACGCCGUAACCGUAGUAGACGACGUCGUAUUCGCUUGCCUGAAGAGAGGCAGCCAGUGACAGUGGCUGACUUCAUGUCCCGAGCUGACUCUCAGAGCAGACUGAUCACGACCACGGACACUAAGAAAAACACGGAUGAGGUUCAGGCGGAUGCCACAGCAGAGCACAGCCUAGAAGUUGUCUCUACAACCACCAACGGUUCCAACAGUGCAGCAGAAAAUGGCAACAUCGCCCCAGACGUCUCCACCGAGGGCUCCAACAACGUCGAGCCUGACCUCCAAUCUGCUGUAAACGGUCUCGCUUUGUCAGACCCAAGCUAAAGAAUAUAGUUUAAAAUAUUUCUCUUUUGGAAUCUCAGUCACGUGAGUAAGUCUCAGAUGUUAAGAUUGCAGCAAGAACUGUUUUUUUUUUACAUUAGGGAAAUUUGAAACCUGUUUCACUGUGCACAUUUUAGUGGUCUGUACUUGCACCACCUCUUUACACACUCCUGUCCGACUAUCCAUGCAGUUAGUCUAUUUCUUCUAGCAGCUCUUCCUGUACAAGCUUGCCAAAGAUAGUCUAACACACAGACUAUGGAAAUGUUCAUUUUCAGUCCAAGGAAUGAGUGUGAACGCAGUAUUUCAAAUAGUCAGGGAUUCCACUCAAGCCCAUACUGUGGUAUUGACGCUCUUCUUUUUUGUAAAGGUUUCUUUUUCUUUUUUAAAGUCUGACGUUACCAACGGGACAUGAAGACGCUUCCAAAACAUGUUCUGAGUAUUGUGCAUCUGAAGUACUUCACUGUUUGUCUGCAUGGGCAGUACCACAGUGCAGCUAGGUUUAUCGGAAGCCCCCUGUAUGCUUGACAUUGACGUGAUCAGCUGUUGUGCCUUGAGGAUAGUUUCAAACCUGAUGCGCACAAUAUCUGAAAGCUUUUCGCUUGGUUUCAGUCGUUGAUGCUCGCUCGCCACAGUCGGACCAGAUGGCUCGUUUUAAACGCUCGCUUGAGGGCUGGCGAACGCAACCACUGAAAAGAGCUGUAAAAUACUUUCAGAUGCAUAUCUUUUAAAAAGUCAGGUGUGACUGUUCUAAAUGUUUGUUAUCCUUUAUAUUCUAAUAAGUUUGACGUAGCUGCUUUCUCUUUUUCUAUAUGCAACCACUUUGUUCACCAGGAAAUGUUGUUAACGCGUAUCUGGGAAAGAAAAAUUUGGAGGGUUGUUUCCUUUGCACUGAAAUGUAUUUUUCUGUCAAGAGGUAAAUGUGUUCAGAACCCGCCUUGUUCCUGUUUAGGUUCUGAACAGAGGUGUAGCGAACAAGUACGGCGUCAUGAUUUUAGUUUGGCUGGAAACUGGUGACGACUUUUCCACAAAGGAAGGUUUAUUUAUUUUAUGUACAGUAUUUAAAAAAAAGACAAAACUAAACAAAAGGCAACGUUUAACUUGACACUAAAAGCAACAUCAUGAGAGGCUUUGGCACAAAUGACAAAUUUGGACUACUAAAAGUUGCGCCAGCUCAAGUUUUUCCUGUUGAGUCGACAACAGUAUUUGUUUUUUUUCUAAAUGAUCAUUCUGUUUGGUUGAUGUGCAAUAUGUUUUGUAUGCAGGUAGUUCUUAAAUAAAUAGGAUCUUCCGUGUA